CCGCCGCCGCUGCUGCGCGCCGUCAUCAUGGGGCCCCCGGGCUCCGGGAAAGGCACCGUCUCCGCUCGGAUUAUCAAACACUUCGGGAUGAAGCACCUCUCCAGCGGCGACCUGCUGAGGGACAACAUGCAGAAGAAGACAGAAGUUGGUAUCCUUGCCAAGUCCUACAUUGAUCAAGGGCGGCUUAUUCCAGAUGACAUCAUGACACGACUAAUGCUGAAUGAGCUGAAAGGUCUGGAUCAGUACAACUGGCUAUUGGAUGGUUUCCCCAGAACGGUUGCUCAGGCAGAAGCCCUGGAUAAAGAAUGUCAAAUAGACACUGUGAUUGACCUAGAUGUGCCAUUUGAGACCAUAAAAUGUCGGCUCACAGCACGUUGGAUCCACCCGGCUAGUGGCAGAGUCUACAAUCUUGAAUUCAGUCCUCCCAAAGUGCAGGGCAUUGAUGAUAUUACUGGAGAGCCACUUGUUCAGCGUGAUGAUGAUAAACCAGAGACGGUUACCAAGAGGCUACAGGCUUAUGAUGCACAAACAAAACCUGUUCUAGAAUAUUAUCGGGAAAAAGGGUUAUUGAAAUCCUUCUCUGGAACAGAAACCAAUAAGAUCUGGCCACAUAUCUAUGCUUUCCUCCAAACCAAGUUGCCAGAUGUGAGCCAGAAAGAUGCGGCCAUGCCCCGGUGAAAAUAGGUCUAACUUCUGCUUGUCUGUAAUAGCUCACACUUGAUUACAUGAGAUUCAGCAAUGAUUGAUUUCUCUUAAUCUACCAGACUGAUCAAUAAUUGAAGUCCAAUGUUGUCCUUAACUUACAUUAUGAUAAAACUUUGUUGCCUGUGGUUCUGACUUUAAUGCUGUAUUUUUUUAUAUUAAAUAUACCUAAUUUUUAU